AUGGACAGCACCUUAGACAAUCUGGAUGCCGCCUCCUUUUUGCAAAUCUGGAAGCAUUUUGACUUUGACGAUAAUGGCUUUAUUGAGGGAAAAGAGCUGAACGAGUUUUUCAGAUAUCUAAUGAAUAAGCUCGGGCUAAGCGAGGAAGACACAGAAGUCAAAUUGCAUAAAUUGAAAGAAAACUUCAUGUCUUUAUAUGACUCAAGCAUGGACGGUCGCCUGCAGAUUCAAGAGGUGGCUAACAUGCUUCUGCCAGAGGAUGAAAACUUCUUGCUCCUGUUCCGCAGGGAGACUCCGCUGAAUAGUAGUGUGGAAUUCAUGAGGAUUUGGAGGAACUAUGAUGUAGAUGGUAGUGGUUACAUUUCAUCUGGAGAGCUAAAGGGUUUCCUGCAUGAUCUCUUUCUGCAACACAAGAGGGAAAUUUCCACAGACAAACUCCAGGAAUACACUGACGCCAUGAUGCUGUUGUUUGAUAAGAACAGAGAUGGCCAUCUGGAUUUGAAUGAUUUAGCCAGAAUUCUAGCACUUAAGGAGAAUUUCCUUUUGAAGUUUGAGAUGCAGGCUUGCACUCAAGAAGAGAGAAAAAGGGAUUUUGAGAAGAUAUUUGCUCACUAUGAUGUGAGUAAGACAGGAGCUUUAGAGGGACCAGAGGUGGAUGGUUUUGUGAAAGACAUGAUGGAGCUUGUGAAGCCGGACUUAACUGGAGGGGACCUGGACAAGUUCCGAAAGUCUUUGCUGAGCCAUUGUGAUGUCAACGGGGACGGAAAGAUCCAGAAGAAUGAGCUGGCGCUGUGUCUAGGGCUCAAGAUCAAUUCUUAAAGCCUAUGUAACAGCUAAAGGGAGCUAGAGCAUGUUUUCCACAUUACCAUUGACUGUCAUCACAUGCUAAUCGCUAAUGCCAAACUUUGUUGAUAAUGUGAUAAUAUUGCAUGUGUUAGCUUUUAAAUUCCAAGGAAUUGAUUAAAGAGUUUUGUUCAUUCAUAGGCCUGUGUAGAUCUGUGAUUAUAUGUUGUCUGUUGGUGAUAUGUUAUGCUAUAUUGUACAUUUUAUAUGCAAUAUUAUUAAUUUUAGAUUAGUUAUAGGCGCUGUGCACUCAGAAUGUAGCAUUGAGAGUACUGCAAACCAUGUUAUCAUGAUUCAUGUAUGCUUAGUGUACAAUAUCAAUGUGUUUUGUCAUCAUUUUAAUGAUGUAACUACUAAUACAACAAACAAACAGCCAUUUCAAACAUAAGAACAUAAAUAAACUCAAAUACACUUUCAAAUGAACGGAAAAGCAAUCAAGGAAAAGCGCUUGUUACUGUAAAUACACAAUACCAAUUAAUGUAUAAUUCAACACAUUCUUUGAACUCUCCCUUUUUGAUUUUGAGACCUUACUGAUGUUUUUAAGCUCUGUUAACAUUAAUGAGUGCAUUGAAUAAACAUGGCCUGGUGGUAAUAGGUCCCUGCUGAGCUGCUU